GACCCUGUAAAUGAAAAAAGAAAGAGAAACCCCUCAAAAACCCUAAACAACUUUAUUGUCAAUCCCGUCUUUCUACUUUCUGCCAUAUCCAUGAACCACCAUCUUCUAUAGCUUAAGCCUUUCCCUUCAUUCCUUCACUUUCACCUCCAUCACUGUCAUCGAUCAACUCUACCAUCACUAAACGCCUUUACGAAGCUCCGCGCCGUAGCCAUCGUCGGCGGUGCUCCUCGCCGCUUUCAUUGUCGACUGAGCUCCGCGGUGCUUCCAAGCUCCAACUUUGAGUGAGCUUCGUGCCGCCACCAUCGUCAACGGAGCACGACCUCUGUUCUUUGCCUACCGAAGAGAUUUGUGCACACUGACAGACUGAAAAGUGAAAACCAUGAGAAAACCCAAAGUCAAAUCCCGGAAAGCAAAAAUCCAGCGACGUGAAUCGGAGGUUAAUGAAAUCAAGCUCCUUGAAGAAUGGAUCGAAUCAGGAAAACCCGAUUGUGGCAUAAACCCGCUUUCAGUCGAACCAUUACCGGAUAAAGCUCCAGUAGGUCGAUUAGCCGAUGGCUCAUUCUCAAGGUACACUGGCUGCACUAGAUUCAGUCAGCUGCCACUGUCAAAGAAGACCCAGGAUGGGUUAGCUCUAUCUAAGUAUAAGACAAUGACGGAUAUUCAGAGGGCUUCACUGCCUCAUGCUCUUUGUGGGCGUGACAUUCUUGGGGCAGCCAAAACUGGGUCUGGAAAGACUCUAGCGUUUAUAAUUCCGGUACUAGAGAAGUUGUACAAAGCUAGAUGGGGUCCAGAAGAUGGAGUUGGAUGUAUCAUAAUGUCUCCCACAAGGGAAUUAGCUGAUCAACUUUUUGAAGUACUGAAAUCUGUUGGAAAGUAUCAUGGCUUUAGUGCUUGUGUUCUGAUUGGUGGACGAAAAGACAUUGAUUCAGAGAAAGAACAUGUAAAUGGGAUGAACAUCUUGAUUUGUACUCCAGGUCGGCUUCUUCAGCAUAUGGAUGAGACACCAAAUUUUGACUGCUCGCAGCUUCAGGUAUUGGUUCUUGAUGAGGCUGAUCGUAUUCUUGAUGUGGGAUUUAAGACACAAUUAAAUGCAAUAAUUUCACAGUUGCCUAAGCACAGACAAACCCUAUUAUUCUCUGCAACCCAAACGAAGUCUGUUAAAGAUCUUGCUAGGCUCAGUCUGAAAGACCCAGAGUACCUCAGUGUGCACGAGGAGUCCACUACUGCAACUCCUAGUGGUUUGAUGCAGACAGCGAUUAUUGUUCCUCUUCAUCAAAAAUUGGAUAUGCUAUGGAGCUUUAUAAAGAAGCAUCUUAAUAAAAAGAUAUUGGUGUUCCUUUCUAGUUGCAAGCAGGUAAAGUUUGUUUAUGAGGCAUUUAGGAAGCUCCGUCCUGGAGUUCCCCUCAAAUGUCUUCAUGGAAGAAUGAAACUGGAGAAACGGAUAGGAAUAUACUCCCAGUUUCGUGAGGAAAAAAGAUCUGUUCUUUUCUCCACAGAUGUUGCUUCGCGUGGCCUUGAUUUCAACAAGGCAGUUGAUUGGGUUGUCCAGGUGGACUGCCCUGAGGAUUGUGCUACUUACAUACAUAGAGUUGGCCGUACUGCUCGCUACCUUUCUGGUGGGAAAUCACUGUUGUUUGUUAUGCCUUCUGAAAUGAAAAUGCUUGAAAAAUUGAGAGAGAAAAAGAUUCCCCUUCAAGUUACCAAGGCGAAGGCAGAGUUUCUCCAAUCUGUCUCUGGAUUAAUGGCUGCUUUGCUGGUCAAGUAUCAUGAUCUACAACCUCUUGCUCGAAGAGCAUUUGCAACAUAUUUGAAGUCUAUUUAUAAACAUAAGGAUAAAGAAAUUUUUGAUGUCACAAAACUUCCUGUCGAGGAAUUUUCUGCUUCUUUGGGUCUUCCAAUGACCCCCAAAAUCAGAUUUCUAAAACAGAAAAUAAAGGGUAAGACUGUGUCUGAAGCCUUAUCUGUCAUGCCAGAGAAUAUUACCAAUGAGAAUUUGUUGGAACUUCCAAUUAAGAACCCAAAUCCUGAAAAAUCUGAGGAGGAAGUAGAAGAUGAGGAUGAUAUUCUUCUUUCAAAAGACACGCAGAAUGCAGGUGAAGCUAAAACUGCUGAGGCUGUAGAUGCUUUGCCCGCAUCUAGAGUUUUGAAGAAAAAGAAGCUAAAGAUCAAUGUCCAUAGACCAUUAGGGACAAGGGUUGUAUUUGAUGAGGAAGGCAACACAUUACCUCCAUUAGCAAAGUUAGCAGAGACAAAGGUUUCUGCUGACUCGGUUCAUCUUGACAAAAACAAAGUGAAUGAAAGAUAUGCCAAGAUGAGACAAGAGUUGAAGCUGAUGGACAAAGAAGACAAAGCUUUGGACCGUCAACGCCUCAAAGAAAAACGAAUCAAGGAGAAGAUAAAGUGGAAGAGAGGGCGAGAUGAGGAGGAAGGGGAAGAGGAAGACGAGGAUGAUCUCUUGGGAUCUGAUGCCAAUGUUGGUAGAGAGAGAGCCAAAAAGCAAAAGAUUUACUUUGAUAGCGACGGGGAGAGGGACGAUGACAGCUUUAAGACGAGCAUAAAGGCAGAUUCUGUUUCUGUGGCAGAGCAGGAGGAACUGGCUCUCAAGCUGUUGAGUUCCAUGCACUCAUAGCCCACAGUUUUGAUGCAUAGUUGAUAUGGUCUGCCCCGGGCAUAGCUCAGUGGUGAAAGCCUGAGUGUGGCUGUGGUGGCCUGCAAAUGCCCGGGUUCGAACCCCACAAGGGGUAAAAUUUUGGAAUAUAAGUAAGCACUCAGAUCAUUAGGCCAUUGAAACACAUCGCGCAAUUUACUUCCUCUCACAAGCUUCUCAUGGCAGGGAUUCUUAGGUUUGAGGUUAAAACUUAUAUCGGGUCUUAAUUUUGAUAGCAUUUUGUAGUUUGCCCUUGUAUUGCUACACAUUCAUUUAUACAACGUAUAAAAUUUGAUUUAAUUUUAUUUUGUUAA